AGUCACUCCCGCCACGUCCGUCCAUAGGACGUUUCCCGAUUGGCAGGUGGCGCGUUGAUCGUGGCCGUGCAUUAUUUUGGUUUGUUUUGCAAGGCUGCGUCUGACUGUGAGUUGGCCUCUGACCCCCGGUACUCUAAGCCAGGUCAACGUGAGUUUGUGAAGAAUCUUCGUUUGAAGUGAGACGGAACGAUGGCCCCAGUGCCUUUAGAGGGGCACCAGGCGCCCGUCGCCGGCGGCCAGGAGGCCCGCGGCGGGUCCUCCGUCUCGCUCAGCCUCCUCAUCGACUUCAUGGUGCAGAGGACGUACCACGAACUCUCCGUUCUCGCCGAGUUGUUGCCGAGGAAAACAGACGUUGAACGCAAAGUGGAGAUUUACAACUUCAGCGCCCGGACCCGGCAGUUGUACGUUCGGCUCUUGGCGCUGGUCAAGUGGGCCUCUGGUGCGUCCAAGGUGGAGAAGUCAACCAUGAUCAUGCAAUUCCUCGACAAGCAGAGCAUGCUGCUGGUUGACACGGCCGACAUGCUCACCAGGAUCGCCAGGGACACCCUGACGCACGCCCGUCUGCCCAGCUUUCACAUUCCGGCGGCCGUCGAGGUCCUCACCACCGGCACCUACUCACGGCUGCCCGCAAUCAUCAGGGAGAAAAUCGUGCCUCCUGACCCAAUUACACCCAGCGAAAGGAGGCAAACCUUGCUCAGGUUGAAUCAGGUCAUCCAACACAGACUGGUUACCUCUGACAUUCGGCCGCAAAUGCGCAAUCUGAAGAUUGAGGCUGGUCGGGUGACUUUUGUUGUUGACCGUGAGUUUGAAGUGUGCCUCACCGUGAUGGGCGAAGGAGAAAACGUUCCCUGGCGUCUUCUCUCGGCAAAGAUCCUGGUCGCCGAUAAAGACACUGGUGAAGGUCGUCCUUUGGUCCACCCCCUCCAGACACAAUAUCUGCAUGAUGUCCUCCAGUCCCGGCUGGUGGAUGAAAAACAGCCCCUCUACGAAGUGUACGACGUGCUCCACUUCUUCUGCCUGGCCCUCCGGCUGGAGGUCCUCUACUGCCAGACCAUGAGGCUCUGUCGGGACAGACUGGAUGACCACAUCCGAAUCGACGACUACAAACCGGGAAAGUCCCUGAGCAUUUCCUACUGGCGUCACCUGCCAGAGCAGCCGCAACACCACUUCACAAUCCACACCGACCCACACGACCCUGCCAAGUCACUCGUGGUCACUCACCUGCCGUCCUUGGCCCAAAAGGACUCUGAAAUUGUGGACAAAGCACUUUUGAUGGAACAGCUGAGCAUCGAACGCCUCCUGGUCCAGACAAUCUACCUGAGAACAAAGUCAAGACUUGCCGAACUCAAAACAGAAUUGGAGACUAUGUUGAAAGAUGUGGAUUUGGACAUUGUUACAGGUCAGUUGCAAGGGUCUCCAGCAAUCCUCUCUGUUCCUGUUGUCCAACCUUGUCUGAGAGCCGAACUACUGCUAAUCACUGUGGACACUCACUCUGGCUCCUUCUUGGCCCACGUGCCUCAAUACUCGUCCCCGAUUUUGCCCGAAAUUCAAAAUUCUCUCAACUACGACCACACUCGCCUUCCCACUUUGCUGCAAGAGUUGCGCUUUUGGAUCACUCAGCGGCGAUGCGAGAAAACCCUGCAACACCUUCCUGCCACAGCCCACGAGCGUCUGCCAGUCAUGCACGCUGCUGAUCAUCCCAUUGCCAAACUCAGUCGGCACAAAAUGUUUGUCAGACUGCAUCGGCACCAAAGGGUCAUUCUGGUUGUGGAGCUAAAGGAGAAGCCGGAAUCUCCCUGCGAGGUCAGCUGCAGCUUUUACCUUGUUAUGGUAAAGCCUUCAAGCAUAGAGGACAGUCCGGAGGAUGAAACUAUUGAGACAGAAUUUCCCAAAACUUAUUUAAGGGAAAAGCUAGAACAUUUUCAGACUAACUGGACUUACAGCCAAGUUCAACAUGUUUGCGAGCUCGACUCGUUUGUAUCGAUGCACGGUCCAUGCACUGCUGUGGACGAGUCUUGCGGCCAGAAGAGAAAAAUGUCCGACGGGCCUGCAGCAAAAAGGGCCAAACACCCUGCCUAUUUCAUCCCCGAAUUGGCCCACGUUGUGGCCAUGUGCGACGAACGCUUGCCCUUUGUGGCCAUCGCAGCAGAGUUUUCGCGUCGAGGAAUUGCCCACCAAGGAAUCCAGGUUGAGGCGGGGGCAACUGCUGUUGUCUUGAGAGUCGUCCAGCUGCCCACCAAAGUGAAACCGAUCCUUAAGAGACUGCUUUCGUUGUCUCUUCGUGUGCAGGGCAAAGGAACCAAGGCGUGGCUGGCAGAGUUCAUCUUCCAUGGGGCUCCUCUGCAGAGUUUGCACCCAAAGGAGCAAGGACUGCGCCGGCCAGUGUACUUCCAGUAUGAAAUGGUUCCCGAGGAAAUUGCGGGAAGGACUGUUGAUGCGCUGUUAAGAGAUUGGGAGCAGAUUUGCAACCUUUAUGAGAUUGUCUACGACUUGACCGAGUUUUUAAAACAUGAUAAAUACGGUCUAUCUGGAAUGAUUGCUGUAAAAUCAUACUCAUACAGCCGGCUUGUGCUUUCCUAUGGCGCAGAUCGAUCUGCAACCAUGACCGUUUUCUGGUCGCCAGACCACAAGGCAUUCCGCCUCAUCUUCAGCUCCAACCCUGGCACACCAAACGCCCAUGCCGCCGUCAAGGAACAGCUGCAAGCCCACCUAAACCGAAACCGCAGUCUUGCUCAAGUUUUGGUUUUGCUCUGCGAAACCUACGAGCCACUUGUCUCUCUUGGAAAACUUCCUGGAUUGCCUCAGUUGGGAGUGCACCAGUCCAAAGCUCCGCAGGUCGCCACACAGGGUUUCACCCUCCUGCCUCAAUCGCCCACCCAGAUCAGGGUGGUCUACCAAGGAGUUUACUGCCUUGAGGUUCGAAUUAGAGGCGGAGGUUUGGUCAGCGUCCGAGACGGUUCCUACAGCCACCUUGAUCGAACGCACGUCCUAAGCGAUUUCACCCCUACCCAGGGGCUAAAGGCAUUCCUAUCUAAAUACGUUGACGAGUCGGCUGUGUUUUUGCGUCGUCGCUCACAAUCAGAGGAUGACAAUCCUCCCUCUCCUGUUGUGGCAAUGGAGAAUGUGUCCAACCCUGGCAGCGCGUCCACCCCGGGACAGUCUGAGAACCAGGCGACAAGCUCACCAUCUGUUCCUUCGCCAUUCUUGGGAGGCAUUCGACCCCAAAGUCCAGCUACCAGAGCUGCUGAUGCGGCGUCCUCUAAUGUCUUGAGGUUUCACCCUCCACAUACACCACCUAGCAACCCACACACACCAGCCAGUCCUCACCCGGCCAUGGGCCAUGGAUUUUCGCCAGCAUCCUUCAGUCUUGCGUCUCCACCUCCAGCGCCUCCCAUUGUAAAUCCUUCGCCCACCGUUCUGCCCUCUCCUUCGCCCAUCCUCAACUCCCCAAAUCCACUUCCAUCACCUCUCUUGCCGCAAAGUUCACCCCAGCAACCAAUCGGUCAAUCACCUGCCGCUGCCAACUUCCCUCAACCCUCUCUUGCAGACUCAAGUCCCUUCCCGUCAUCACAGUCGAUGGCCUCCUCCCCUGCACCUUCAAACUGGCCCAGCAGUCCGAGCGUUCCUCGGCCUUCACCUGGCGCCGCCCGAGCUCCUGGCCACAGUCCGGCAGGAGGAUUUACUCACAGUCCAGACCCUGCCAAACUCACUCCUCACCUAUCAAGAAUUCUCCCCCAACGGUCUUGGGCUGGAGCUGUACCGACAUUACUCACCCAUGAGGCCCUCGACUUAUUGUGCACUCCUGCACCUCUUCUUCAAACAGCUCAGGGUCCUGUUAGUACCCUGAUUGAACCCAGUCCACUUGAAAGAUUUUUGGGCUCUUUGUACUUGCGGCGUCAACUCCAGCGAUUCAUUCAGUCCGAGGAGUGUAUGCAAUCUAUACCAAAUCCCGAGCCUGGUGUUGUCCACCUGAAAACAGACACCCUCCUGUGCCGAGUCUUUCAAAACACCACACAUCUGCAGUCGCUCCAUUUGAAACUCUCACCACUGAAUGAGCAUGACGAGACUUCCUGGAGCCCAGAUGAGUUCCAGAUCUUGGAGAAAUUCUUUGAAACAAAAGUUGUUUGCCCACCUUUCAAGCCACAAGCACUUUUGGCCUUUGCUAGGAUGCUCACCGUUCCCUAUAACAUGCUCAAGGACUUUGUCCAGAUCGUCAGAUUGGAACUUCUGCCUCAGUUGGGACUGCAGCAAGGACUCAGGUGGUCUGUUCAGUGGCCACUGAGGAAUCCUCCGUCAGGAACGCAUCUCAUACCCACAGGAGUUGCGUCAUUCCUGAUCUGCCGAAAUAAAAUUCUCUUCUUCUUGUGCAUAACCAGACAAGGCGUCCAGUAUCCACCAGGAGUCGAACCUCCGUCUAUGAUUUUGCCUCUGGUUUAUGAUCUGCACACCAACAUCACUCAACUUGCACAGAAACAGGACCAGAACCAAGUGCACCCUCCUGCUUUUGCUGCAGCCAAUUUGCAGAUGAAGAGAUUUGCUGACUACCAUGCCAAUGCCAACCUGGACCAGUGUUCUGUUUUUCCUGCACUGAGAGACUUGAUGGCAAACUUAGUUUUGCCUAACGAGCCACCACCAAUGAUGGCACCCAUGGCCGCUGCUCAGGUUGUUGGUUCUCCUGCCAUGCAGUCACCUAUGGCACAAAUGCAUCACUCGCCUCUGCCCCCAAAUGCGAUGGGCCCUGGUCCACAACACCAAGGCUACCCUCCGCAACAACAGCAGGGCUCACCAAUGAUUAACCCCCACGGCAUGAUGCCUCAGUAAAAAUUAUUAUUCUUAUUAAUGUAAAAAUUUGUUAGUUGGAAUUAAUUAUAAUACAGUCACUAUUAAUGUAACAA